GUCUUGAGUCUUUAACACAGUCUGUGUCUUUAACCGUCUGUCAUCAAUCAGUCAGUAUGAAGCUCAGGCAACUUCCUCUUGUGCUCCUGCUGAUUUCAAACAUCUACUCUCAACAUACUGGAGGUGAAACAAAAGCCAAAGUGACCAUUAAACCUGCUCAACAUGUAUUCAAAGGAGAGACAGUCACUCUCAGAUGUGACAUAUAUGAUGAAGGAGUCACUAGAUGGCAGUACAGCUGUGAUCAUCUCUUCACACUCACACAUAAGUUUAACAUGUUAUUAAUGAGUGAUUUCUCAACUUCAGUUCCCAGAGCAGUUUUAAGUGUUUCUCCACAGAUGUGGUUGACUGAAGGAGAUUCAGUGACUCUGAUCUGUGAGGUUAAAGGCUCCUCUAUAGACUGGACAUUCAGCUGGUUCACUGAGACUGUCUCAUCAAACAGCAGCAGAGGAGCUGGAGGAAACUACACUGUCAGUUCUGCUGCUCUAAAUCACACAGGAGUUUAUGUGUGCAGAGCAGAGAGAGGAAAACCAGCCUAUAACACAACCAUCAGCAACACACAGUUAAUAUGGGUCACUGGUGUUUCUCCUCCAGUGUCUCUGAUCAUCAGUCCCAACAGAACUCAACACUUCACAUAUGACUCUCUCUCUCUGAGCUGUGAGGACCAGAGUGACUCUACUGGAUGGAGAGUGAGAAGAAACACAGACAAAUGGGGGCUGGAAGAUUGUUCAUCAUCAGAGUCGGGAUCACAAACAGGAUCUACAUGUAAAAUCAGCCCAACCGCCUCAUAUGACACUGGAGUGUACUGGUGUGAGUCUGAAUCUGGAGAGAAAAAUCAUCCUGUUAAUAUCACUGUACACUCUGAUGUGAUUCUGGAGAGUCCUGUUCAUCCUGUGACUGAAGGAGAUACUCUGACUCUACACUGUUUAUAUCAACAUACAACACCACCAAACCUCAGAGCUGAUUUCUAUAAAGAUGAAUCACUCAUCCAGAGUCAAACUACAGAGAUGAUCAUCUCUACUGUCUCAAAGUCACAUGAGGGUUUCUACUACUGCAAACACCCAGAGAGAGGAGAGUCACCCAAGAGCUGGAUCUCAGUCACAGCUUCCUCCAGAAGAUCAGGAUCUGAUGGUCUCAAUCCUGUGAUAGUUGGAGUGUCUGCUGGACUGACUGUCACAUUUUUGAUCGUUGUCUUCUUGGUCCUGCUGUGGUGCUACAGAAACAACAAAGGUUCAUCUUCUGCCAUAUUAAAAUUCAAUGAUGCAGACUAUUUUCCUAAACCUGUGAUGUGUCACAUUGUAAGUGGAGCUACUGAACUCACCAAUGCUGAGAUUGAACUUAAAUCCACAGAAAAACAGAAGAAGAAAAAAGAAAAUAAAGGGAAAACCAGUGAAAGUUCAGACACUGUUUACUAUAAACUGACCCUGGUGACCCAUCAAGGUGAGUGUCAAAAUAAAAACAUCAAUCACAAUUCACAAGGAGCUGCUGAAAACUGCAUCUACAAACAUCGUUGAGCAUCUAAAAAUAAAAUGAAAAAUGCAAAAAUUGAAAUGUGCAGUUUUUAAUUCAUUUACACAUUUUUCAGCUGCCGGAUCUAGUUAUGUGACGUUUGCUCAGAUUGAAUCUCCAAUGGCUGAAGUAGAUACUUUCAAUCACAGGACGCUGACAAGUUUAGGUUGAGAAGGGCUGGAGAAUGACCAGGAUUGUCAAUUAUUUAUCAUCUUUGUGAUGCUGAACGCUUGGCAAAAGAUUUUUCAAUAUUUAAUGUCCAUGAUUAUCUUUUUAGCUCUGU